AUGGAAAGCGGCAAAGAGGUUCAUGAUCAGCAUGCACCGAGAGAGUGGCUGAAGUUGAGCCUAGGUGGGGAUCUAUGUUCAUCGGUUGAAGAUUCUGACUCGUCAAGACGCACUUCUGCCAAGAUUUAUUCAUGUAACUUUUGCAUGAGGAAAUUCUACAGUUCACAAGCACUAGGAGGCCAUCAGAAUGCACAUAAGAGGGAGAGGGGUGCAGCUAGAAGAAAUAAGUCCUGGAAUAUGGCAACGCUUAUAGCUUUGCCCAUGAAUGCGGGAGUAAUAAGAUCACUUGGGGUACAGGCUCACUCGCUUGUACAGAAACCUAGCAGGGAGGGGAUACCAGUAUCAGCUAGAUCUAGUGAACCCAUGGCAGAUUGUGGUAUGGCAUGGUUACCUUUCACUAUGGACGGAACUAAUAUGUGGCCAGGAAGUUUUUACUUGGAUAAGAAACAACCAGAGGACCUCGACUUGAACCUCAAGUUGUAA